AUGAAUGUCUCCUUCUAUCUCUCUAAGAUCCACGGCCUCCUGGAACUCUUGCAGAGAGACAACCUCUCACUCCCAGCCUUGCUGAACGGAAGCCAGCAGCUGGGCUGGGAGGAGCUGGAAAAGCUGCUCUUCCUGUUCGACAAGGACCCCGUGGACAUCUGCCUCUUGGCCAUGUAUCUGGUGUCCUUCGUGGUGGGCUUCGUCGGCAACAUCAUGUCUCUGAGGAUGCUCACCCGGAAGCGCCACCGCCGGAUGCCCAGCCUGAGCGCCACCAGGAGCCUUCUCAUCAACCUGGCCGUCUGUGACCUCAUGGUGGUCUGCAUAUGCAUGCCCAUCACCGUGGGGAACUUGAUCUACAAAGCCUGGGUCUACGGGGACUUCCUGUGCAGGGCAGUCCCUUUCAUCCAGGCCGUGUCCGUCUCGGCCAGCGUCCUCAGCAUCACGGUGAUCAGCCUGAACCGCUAUUACAGCGUGCACAACCCUCUCCACGCCCGGUCGUUCUUCACCCACCGGAAGAUCUUAAGCGCCAUCCUGGUGGUCUGGGUCUUGUCUUCGGGGAUCUGCCUGCCCCUUGUGUUCAUGAACAAAAUGGACGAGAUCGGGGUGAAUCAGGGUCGUCCCCUGGUCUUCCCCAUCUGCACUGAAGUCUGGCCUCAGCAGCGGACCAAGCAAGCCUACAACCUCCUCCUCUUCUCCACUCUCUACUGCCUGCCUGUCCUCUUCAACAUGCUCAUCUGCUGCUUAACGGUCCACAGGCUGUGGAGCCCCACCAGAUCCCUCAUCGCCCUGCACCAGACCUUGCCAGCUUCGCGGCUGAAGGUCCGCAAGAAAGUGGCUCAGAUGGUGGUGGCGCUGGUCCUGCUCUUUGCCAUCUCCUGGCUGCCCAUUUACAUGAUGGACCUCUGGAUCGAGUUCAACAGCCCCAAAUCCUUGCAGGACGAAGCUCAGCCCCACUGGGUCCUCCAGUUCCGCCCCUUCGCCCAGUGGCUCAGCCUCACCAACUCCAGCCUCAACCCUAUCUGCUACUGCUUCAUGGGCAACCUCUACCGCUCAGCCAAGGAAAUGAAGAACAGGUACCACAAGAAGAUGGCUUCCCUGCUCAGCUUCUCCCUGUCCGAAAAGAGCCUGCCUUCCGCCGCCCCCGAGCUGCUGUCCUACAAGAGCUCCACAAGCAAAGAGCCCAACGUGAUUGGAAGCGGUUGCUGGAAGAACCCUAACCCUAAAACAAUCAUGUGA